UGUGUACACGUGAUGCUGCGUGCGCGCCCCCUGCGGUGUUUACAGGCGUCCGGAGCUGCUGCUGCUGAGGUGAUUCUGUCCCCGGCAGUGAGAUCACCCGGCUUACCGUGUCAUGUGCGAGUAAAUAAUAUAAAUAAAUUCAUUUGAGUUCGUUUUAAACCUGAGGAGCGCCAUGUACCGGUCUCUGUACGCGUUCAAAUCGAUGGAGUCGAACUCAAUGCCGUUCGCGGCCGGAGAGAGUUUCCUCAUCCUGGAGAGGAGCAACCAGCACUGGUGGCUCGGGUCCCGCUGCAGCUCCGGAGAAACCGGCUACAUCCCGGCCUCCUACCUGGAGAAAAUCCCGACUCCAGAGCAUGAUGAGGUUCUCCAGUCGAUAGACAGAGCCAUCGAGGGGAUCCACAAUGUGGCCAUGAAGAAUGGUGGGAAGUACAACUUGGAGCAGAGAGACGUGCUGCAGAAGCUGAUCCACCACAGGAAGGAGACGCUGUCUCGCCGAAGUCCGACUCCUUCCAAUCACAAAACAGGAAUUCCCUCCUCCAGCAGUGAGGUGUCUCUAAGCUCCACCCACCAAACACCCAAUGGCCUGAGCCGGGCUUACAGCUGCCAGGCCAACGAGUCAAUCACAGAUGACACAGAGAACAUCAAUGUCCCAGGACUUUAUCAGGUUCCUCUUCAGCCUCGUCGAGCCACUCCCAUAACCCCACCCCCUCCAGAGAAACAGAAAGAAAGCCGCCGACCAGGUCCUGAGGUUCCAGUCAGAAUGAUCUCCUCUGGCUCCGCCCACAGCCCUGGUCAGACCACCCCUAUUUCUGUCUCUCCAACCAUAAGCUCCACCUCCUCACAGUCUAGCUCCACCCAUUCCAUCAUGCUCUCUGAUGACAGCCUUCCCAGUGCGUCGAGCACUCCACCUCCUGUGCCGAGCCGAUCAAAAGCCCCACCCCCUCCUCCAACUGACAUCUCACAUACUCAGAAGACCCCGCCCCUUCCUCAGCCUGACAUCUCUCACUCUGAAAAGGCCGCGCCUCCUCCUCAUCCACCUGACCUUUCCCACUCUAAAAAGACCCUACCCCCUCCUCUAUCUGAACCCUCCUCCUCAAAGAAAGGUCCUGCCCCUCAGCCUCAGUCAAUCAUGUCUCAGCCUGCCAGUGAUGUCCAGUCAGAAGCCGAGUGGCCCUCAGCCCCACCUCCUGUAGCUCUCAACCCCACUGCUACUGACAGCCCCACAUAUCUGUCCUUGGUUCCCAUGACGACAGGGGCAGAGCUGAUUGAGCUGGUCCGGAAGAACACAGGCCUUAGUUACGAGUUGUCACGCAUCGCUGUGGGCGUUGUCGUCGGCCAUCUCCAGGCAACUAUCCCGGGGGCAGUGGCCGAGCUGGAGCAAGUGUUACUCUCUUUAGUCGAGAGCAAGGACCUGAGUGCGGCAUUACCACAGGGACAGGUGUGUCAUGAUGAGCAGCGGUUGGAGGUGAUCUUCAAUGAUUUAGCUCGUCACCGUGACGACUCGCAGCAGCGCAGCUGGGCUCUGUACGAGGACCAUGAGCUCAUCGCGUGCUACCUGGAGGAGCUGCUGCAGAUACUGACAGAUGCAGAUCCAGAGGUGUGUAAGAGGAUGUGCAGGGCCAAUGAGUCUGAGCCCGUACUGUCUCUCGUCUCUUAUUACCAGAUGGAGCAUCGUGUCUCUCUACGGCUGCUGCUGUUGAAGGUGUUUGGUGCAAUGUGUGGUCUGGACGCUUCACUCAUUUCCACACUGCUCAACUCCAUCCUCCCCAUGGAGCUCGCACGAGACCUGCAGAGCAACACACACGAACAUCAGAAGAUGUGUUACACAGCACUUGUAAUGGCCAUGAUCUUCUCCAUGGGGGAGCAGCUGCCCUACCGCCACUAUGAUCAUCUGAACUCUGGAUUUAUUCAGUUCCUGUUGGACGUGAUCGAGGACGGACUUCCAUCAGACCCGACUGAACAGCUUCCAGACCUGAGUGUCAACCUGCUCCUUGCCUUCAAUCUGCACCUCACAGUGCCGGAUAAUAACAUUGUGAUGCAAACUCUGACAAAGAGACAUAAUGUGAAAACUCUCACUGAGAAAAUCCUGCUGCUGCUCAACAGAGGAGAAGACCCUGUGUGUGUAUUUAAACACACCCCUCCGGCUCCACACUCUGUACUCAAGUUCCUGCAGGAUGUUUUCGCCAGUUGCGACACGGCUGGCAUUUUCUACCACACUGACAUGAUGGUGAUGAUUGACAUCGCAGUCCGGCAAAUAUCAGACCUGUCUCCGGGAGAUAAGUUGAGGAUGGAGUACCUUUCACUCAUGCAUGCCAUCAUGCGCUCCACCGACUACCUGCAGCAUCAGCACCGUCUCUCUGACCUGCAGGCGGCGCUGCAGAGGAUUCUGGGAGAGGAAGACGACCCUGGGGAGGACGAAAGCUCGGCUCAGGCCAGACAGAUGGAUAAGCUCAUAGUGCAGCAGAUUUAUAAAGAGUUCCCUCAGAUCAGCACAGACUGAUGGCUCCAUCCCAAGUGCACUCCCAUGUUUUCCACAUUGUCUCGCACUAAAUUCUGUGAACUACUCCUUCAUUUUAGAAGCAUCUUGAACCCAAAUGUCUAUCAGCUGAGAUGUAUUUAUUGUACAUAAACUAAGCUACGUAGUAAUCCAUAAUUCCAGGUCUAAAUUUUCAUAUACUUGUAUCAGGUGGCAUAAUUUUAAGGUCCAUAAUCUUCAUUUUGAUUCACGCGUUGUGUAAAACAGCAUUGACAAACAGCAACGGUCUGAAUUCACAAAGUUAACUUUGGGGGGAGGGAGUGGAAUAGUAUCAUUUGUGUGCAUCAGUUCCAGCUCCACCUGCACCUUUAGACAUUUUGGACUUGGAGCUUUGAUGCUAUGUGACAACAAACUGCACUAAAUGGGAGAAUAAAGAUGGAGGCCCCAUAAUGCAACAAUUCAAGAUUUUAUAUUACAAGAGGUCACACAGUGUCCUGAUUACAUAAAAUAUAUUAAGUGAGCUUCUAUUAUGAUUCUGUAGAAUUUAUAGCAUCUGUGUGCACCUUACAGUUAGGGAAAUACAGUAAUAAGUGCUGGAGGUCAGCCUAAAUUAUACAGACUGUAGCUAACCCAUGGAUGUCCUCAGGCUUCUGCACCAGCAUUAGGGAGUAAGUCUGAUCGAACAACCUGCAGCCUUUUCCCUUUUUAGUCUCCUGCUGUAGGUCAUGCAACAUCACUUCAUCACACUUCACCUGAAUCUCAGCUUUAAACGCCUGAGCCUUACUAAACCUCCUGUGCUGUCUUUAAACUGAGCUGUUCUAGGUCGCGUGAUCCUGCAAUAUUCUAAAUAAGUGUUUUUGUCCAUUCAGUCUUAUUGUUCAGAUACAUAUCAUCUCAGUCUCUACCUCUCUCUUUUUUCUGCGUAUAUUCGUUUGUUCAUCCCAUUAUCAUAAUGUAAUGGAGGAGAGUCUCUUUCCAUGUCUCCAGUAUUCAAUAUUAGAUAAAGGGUACCUAUUCAGAUUACUCUGUCAGUAUUUUAACUCUCACACGCUCUUGAACUUGUACACCAGGGGUCUUCAAUCCUAUCCGCAAAGGGCCGGUGUAGCUGCAGGCUUUCAUUACAGCCAAAUUGGAGGCUCACUUGAUUGUUGACUGGAGACGAGGGUGAAAUGAUUAAACAAGUGAAAUCAGGUGUAGCUCCUGCUUGGUUGGAAUGAAAGCCUGCAGCCACACUGGCCCUUUGUGGAUAGGAUUGAAGACCCCUGUAAAUGUACACAUAAACAUACUGUACAUUCUGCCAAUAGAGAGAACUCUGAAAGGAAGAUGUGAUGGAGUGAACAGCUGUGUGUGUGUGUGUGUGAGAGAGAUUUAAAGAGUUGAAUGUAAAUCUGUAUCAGAGUUGCUUUAAUGAUGUGUUAAAUCUUAUAUUUUCUCUCAGAGACGAUUGUGUUCAGAAGGGAAAUGGUAACAAAAUGUAUUUUCGUAAUGUUUACAACACUAAUAAAAAUGCCAGUCAUCCUAAUGAACACUAA